AUGUGGAGCUGUGUGUUCAUAUUUUUCGCAUGCAUUUGCACAUGCUAUGCUGAUUCACGGGUUAUAUAUACCGCUCAGGGUCCAGUCAAGGGUUACAAGGAAAAUGGGCUGUACGCCUUCUACAAUAUUCCGUAUGCCAAGGCGCCUACUGGUAGAGAUCGAUUUAAGCCGCCAUUACCAGCACCAGCACGAACUUACGUUUUAGAAGCUCGAGAUAGAGGAAUUCUAUGUCCACAACCAACAAUGUUAAUUGAUAUGUUUCCACAGAGUGUUACAAUGACUGAAGACUGUCUUGUCGCGAAUGUAUACAUACCUGACACCACUAAUACGAAUCUACCGGUCGUUGUAUAUGUCCACGGAGGCGGGUAUAUAGUUGGUUAUGGAAACCUUUUUACAUACAACCAUUUUGUUAAAACACAUGAAGUGAUUGUCGUUACUUUCAACUACCGUCUAGGUGCUCAUGGAUUCCUCUGUUUGGGAACAGAUGCUGUCCCCGGUAACGCUGGGAUGAAGGAUCAAGUAGCUUUACUACGCUGGGUCAAAGAGAAUAUAGCAAAUUUCGGAGGAGAUCCAGAUGAUGUAACAAUCGCUGGCUAUAGCGCUGGAUCAUCUUCCGUAGAUUUAUUAAUGCUAUCAGAUAUGACAAAGGGUUUGUUUACUAAAGUGAUACCGGAAAGUAGAGCCAGUACAGCUGCAUGGAGUGUUCAAAUCGAUCCAAUAAAGAAUGCACAAGAAUAUGGAAAGUUACUCAAUUUUACAAAUGAUGAUGUUCAUGCACUUGAAGAGUUUUACAAAACUAUUUCGUAUGAAAUUCUAACUUCUAAGCAAUUCGAACUUUUCUACCGACCUGAUUCAACGGUUCUGUUUUCUCCAUGUGUGGAGAGGGACACGCAGGGUGAAGAGUUCCUUCUAGAUAACCCUGUUAAUAUAAUUAAAAGUGGAAAAUAUAGUAAACUACCAAUGUUAUAUGGUUUCGUCAAAACAGAGGGAUUAGUAAAGAUAGAGACAUUUAAUCAUUGGAUCGAAGUAAUGCGUGAUAAUUUCGAUGUUUUCAUGCCAACAGAUCUCCAUUUUAAUUCCGACGAAGAUAGGAAAAUGGUAGCAAAUACAGUGAAACAAUUUUACUUCGGUGAUACGGUUACAGAUAAAAAAGUUAUGGAUUACGUUAACUUCUUCUCUGAUGUACUCUUCACUUACUCCACCCUCAGAUCUGUUAAGCUGCAUUUAGAAGCUGGACAUGAUAAAAUAUAUUUAUACCAAUAUUCGUUUGUGCACGAUGAUCUACCAAUCAUACCGCAUACGAUGAAGCAACGUGGACCGUGUCAUGGGGCGCAAUCAGCUGAUAUAGCUGACGGAAACUUCACUCUUGGCGAUGAGAGUCUUUUCCCGAAAGAGGCACAGGAUAUGAAGAAGAUGAUGCGGGAGCUUUGGUACAGCUUCAUCACUACAGGACAACCAGUACCAGAAGGAUCCGACUUACCUGCCUGGCCACCAGUUGGUAAAGAUUUGUCUUAUAUGACAAUUGACAAUCCAAUGCGACUGAAUGAUUCAUUACUUAAAGAGCGGACUGAAUUUUGGGACGAAAUUUAUUCGAAAUACUACCACCAGCCAUCUCAGCCUAUAAAGUCACAAUCUACGGAUCAUAUAGAGUUAUGA